CCCAUUGAUUCUGAUAAGAUACUUUGCAUACGAAAAUUUAGAAAACAAACAGAAUUUCGUAAAUCGUGCGAAGCGGCAAAAAGCCUGUUAUGGAAAUGAAAGUGAUUUUGCUGGUUUGUGGUUGUUUGCAGUUGUUGCUGCUUCAGCAAUCUCCAAUUUUGGUAAAUGGCGAAAGUGCGAACAAUGCAACGUCAUCAGUGCAAACUGCAUUACCAAAUAAUGGUACAAAUAUUACAAUAACAAAAUAUCAAAUUAAAAACACACCUAAUGUCACAAAUGCGCUGUAUGCGGAGAUGGUACUCAAUGGGACUGGCAACAAUGGAACUACCGAAAAAAUGCUCAGCCGUAAAAUAACGAAAACAGCAAAUGAACCAACACCAACAGAAACGCAAAACAGCACUAAGGCGGAUGCCGCUGUAACCGGACACAAAAAUGCCACUCAAGUGGAACCGAAAUUAGCUAUGGUCGCGCCAAAUGUAGUUAUAGAUGUGAAUACUUUAAGCACCAAUACAACGGAAAGUGUCGCAGCUGAACUAAAUGUCACAAAAAGUGGCAAUACAACUAAUGUACGCCAUCAAGACAACAACCUUGGAAAGAAUUCUGUAAAUACAACAGUAUCAACAAAUUUAAAAAGUACAACAAAUCAAACUACAACAACGACACUUAGAACUCUAACUGCCAAAGUUGAAGGUGGUGGGCAAGCAGGGGAUAACUCGAUGGAUGUAAGAUCUACAAAUGGCACGAUACCACAAAUUAAGCACGCCACAUCAACCACAACAACAACGACUACUACUACUACAACCACAACCACGCCAAAGCCUAAAAAACCAAGUAUAACAUUUGGGCUUGGCGAUUUUCCUGAGUUACCGGGCGAACGAAUUGUUUUCAACAAAGCACCCGAGUCGUCUAGUUCAAAAUUACCAGUACCCAACGAUCCCGUUGUACCGCCAAAUGCGCAGCCGUCCCAAGAAUUGAAUAGCGGAUUCAAUUAUCACAGUAGCCGCGACUAUAUUGUACCCAUAAUGACAGUUCUCUUCACAAUACCAUUGGCAAUCGGCGUGGUGAUUACCACUUAUCGUCGCUUCCGUGAUUGCUGGUCAACACGACAUUAUCGCCGAAUGGAUUUCUUGGUCGAUGGCAUGUACAACGAUUGACAGGCGAUUGCCAAAGAAUGAAAUGUAGUGGAAUGUGAUGUAGAAGUAGUUAAUAAUGCUGUAAAUGCUGCUCAUCAAUUGAUACAGUAGCGCACAAUAACAAUAACCUAAAGGUUAUGACAUUUUUGAGAGUGAAACUCGCUUAGGGUAAAACGAUGCAAACGAUUUUUCUCGCUCUUUACAUAACCGGAUUAUUGAAUAAAAAGCGGGAAACUUUGUAAGUAACAGAGAGUAAGGCACUAAUGUAUUAAGCAAUGUCCGUCUGUUUUUUUUUAAUGCAUGUUCCAUGCAUUUAACAAAAAUACACUUUUUACUAAGAAAUACGAUUACUUUUAAAAUUUCAAUGGCAAAACGGGUUAGAUUUCUUAAAUGCCUAAUACAAAAUAAAACAAGCGGUUGUGUUAAGGCAGGUCAUUGAGUUGCAAAUAUUUAUGUGGCCAAAUUUUUGUCAAUAAUUAGUUCUACAUAAUAACGGUACUAAUAAUUCUAAUUAAGCGAACUUGAAGUAGUAGUUACUUGAAAACUGUAAAAAAUGAAUGCAAAUGUAUAUUCGCUUUCCCUUUUUUUACAUAAAUAUUUUAUGUAUGCAUGAACAAUUACCAGUUAAGAUAAAUUAUCGCGUAAUUGCCAAAAAAGGUGACUAGUAUUAAAAAGCGGUGCAAACAAUUAUUUGAAGCUCAAAAACCACUAAAUCUAUGUAUUUUUUUCUUGUUGAAAACCGCCCCCUCAGCAGCAUUUAUACAAAAUAAGAAUGCUUUUGUCAUUUAACUAUAAGAGUAUUUCCCAAAAACGAGCUGUUUUAUUUAAAAUACUCUGUGUGAAAAUUUAGAAGACUAAAAAGUAUGUAUUUUGCGUUACGUUGAACUCUUUUUAAAUUUGGCUUCCAAAUACUUGCAGUGAAAUUAUUUUCUUCAAAUUUAUGCCAAUAAACGAAUUACUCACUUUAUUUCCAUUUACGGGACAAUAAAUUUAGAAUUCAAUUUUGAUAAUAGAUUUUGAAAUUGGAAAAAUAUAAAGAAUAUUGGUAUAAUAUCGAAGCAAUUAUUAAAAAAAAAUGAAUAAAUUGUAGAUUUAAAAGUGCCUUAUAAAUGAUAAUUGGCGUUUAUUUCAUUUAGGGUACUUCUCAUUAGCAUAUGAGACUUCAUAGAAAUAGUUGUUUAGAGAGCAUACACUUUUUUUAAUAAAUCAUGUAGUCAAAGAAUUUAUAAGUAAU